AUGACAGCAGAUCACCAGCCGUCGUGCAGGGAAGGACCUCACCUAGUGAAGGUACUUCACUCAAACGGUACUACAUUCCUAUCUAUUCGACUCAGUGCGAUAACGAACGCCCACAUCGCGACGCCGGCCAGCUGUGAGUCAUCGGCUCGGAUCAGCGCUGUUCUGAAGAAGGCGAAAGCACCGAUAGCCGAAGGAAAGUCUCAUAACAUCGUGAUUCUGUUAGUUGCUGCUCUCUAUGCCUUUGCCUUCGGCUAUCCUCUUCGAGAAGGAUGUGGAUGCGAAUGUUGUUGCCCUCAAGAAGAUCCAACAACAACGACCACAACCACCAUGGCUCCAGAUGAACCGCCUUGUUGCGUCUGUUGUCCACCACCACUCCAGGCUGAACCACCAACAACUACUACUGAAAGUCCAUGCCGUGAUGAAGGUCAGGUGUCAACAACACCAAAACCUGUGCCACUCAAUGGACCAAAACUAUUAAAGUGCCCGCCCGGCUUUAAGCGUAUUGAUAUGUCAUGUUACUAUGUUGAAAAGGAGCAGAUGGUCUUUCAUCAAGCAGCAAUGAAUUGUGUUAACAUGGGUGCUCAACUGUUUGUGCCUCAGGAUAUCUCCGAAUGGAAUGGAGUGAUGGCUCUUGCUCCACCUAAUUUUUGGACAUGGACUGGACUUGUGAAGAAACGAGAGUCCCAGGACCCAGAAUGGAAUGGAAUGGUGCAAUCUAUGGAUGCCUCAUUGGUGUAUGUGUUAUCCGAUAAAUUCGAUAAUCGUAUGAUUCUUAGUGGACCUCCACACCCAAAAUUCCACUCGUGUUCUGCAUUCAGGCCUUGGCUCGUGAAACCGUACUCGCCGCUUGCCAACGUAGAGAAGAAGAUGUGCUGUCAGUGUUGCCAAUUCUUCUGCGCAUUCAUCGCUCCACCCCUAGCUGUCAUGUGCCACUCCGGAUGUACACGAUCGUUCUUCAUCAAUGUCGUUCUCACGUUGCUCGGAUUUCUUCCUGGUGUUGUGCAUGCGAUUUUUGUGAUCUGUAGUGAGAAAGAGAAGAGCUUCAAAGUAACGACAAAUGUAAAUGUAGUGUCACCACAGGUGAUCCCUAUGUAUCAGCCGGUUCAGCCUCCACCGGCACCUGCAUAUUAUCCAGCAGCACCCCCACCUCCGCCCGUCUACUAUUCAGAUGCUGUCCAAAAGUUUUAG